UCCCCAUGUAGUUAUGAAAAGUAUUAUUUUAAAUGUAUUGUUUCAUGAAAAUAAACAAUAUUGCAAUGCCUGUAUGGUGAUAAAUAGUAUAAAUAAGUUAAGGGUAUUUUGAAAACUAUAGUCAUGCAAAACAAGAACCGGAAAAGAAAGUAUGAACUCCGAACUUCGGCCAAUGAAAGGGAAUGUACUCUGCCGGAGGGUGGAGGGAGUUUGGAGCCGCAGCUUCAGAUGGUUCGCAGCUAUGAAGGAGCACUGACUGAAGGAAGAUGAAUGCAAGGAGAAGAGGAGGGAAGCCAAACAGAGGAGGAGGGAGGUUUAACAAGCCAAGAGGAGGCGGUGGAGGUGGAGGUGGAAGUCGUAAGGGAGGAGGAGCUGGUUGCUGGGAUGAUGACGACGAUUUCAGCCUUGAUUUUGGACCCUCUCGUUCCAGCAGACCAGGAAAAGGACGAGGCGGUGGCGGCCGUUCCAGGGGGAGAGAUGUAGGACGAGGAAGGGGGUUUAAUGAUCCAAGCAGAUAUGACAGAAGGGAAGCAAAAAGCGACAGAAAGCCUUUCCCGAGGUCCCUGGUGAGUACCAGGAUCCCUCCUAAACUAGGCGAUGGCAACCGGCUAGAGGCGAGCAGCAUGCCCUUGCAGAGGAUCUUUAUGACCAAUGAGAACCAAGAACAGCUCAAGGAGUUACUGCGGGAACUACAGACCCAGGGUUUUGAUGAGCCUUAUGAAGAAUCAGGCUCAGAUUAUUCAGAAGAAGAGGAGGAGGAAUAUGAUGAAUUGGAUCACCGUGAGGAAGGUCAGUUUUGGGUCACUAAUGAUGAGCCUGUCGAGCAAGCUGAGAGCCCUGCUUAUAACCCGGAGGAGGAGGAGGAGGAGGAUGAGCGCCCCACGCCUGAACCUGUUAUCUCCUUAUUUGCUAUUGGAAAACUCUGCAGGUACGGCUUUGACAGGGAGAGAAGCAAACAGGCUCUGGAGUCUGGUGGAGGAGAAUUUGGGGUAACCUUGGAGCAGCUCCUCCUUCAAGUCUUCAGUGAACGUUAUGGACAGAAAGCAGUUUCCCCUGAUGACCUCCAGGGGUUGCCAAUGGACGAAUGUCUGAGCCAGAGGCAGGAGGAAGCCCUGGCGCUCGCUGCUAUUUAUGGCGAGCGCUUCAACGAGCGCAUUGCAAAUGCUGUGUGGACGGUGUCUCUGGAUCUGCCAUUCCUCUCAGACAAACCGUCCAAACGCAGAGGAGAGAGUGUGGGCAAAACCAGCCGUGAGCUAUGCAAAUUCUACCUUAAAGACCGCGGCUGCCGCUUUGGUGACAGAUGCCGGUUCAGACAUGAACUUCCAGGAAGCGAAAGGUCUGGGGCUGGUUCCUCGGAUCUGAAGGGGCCAAGCCUGCCUGGCUUCAGCAGCUAUUCCCCUCUGGAGUAUGAGCUGGAAGUUCGCUUCCCUAAACAAAACCGUUAUCCUCACCAGCCUCCAAUAGUCGCCUUCAGCACCAACGAUGAAUCCGUGGGGGCUGGUGGGAGACUUAGUGUCACUGAGAAGUUGUUUGGGGAGGCACUGGCUGCAGCAAAGAGCGGCGAGCCUGUCGUUUACACCCUGAUCACCUUCUGUGAGGAUGAGCUCAGCAUGAAGGAGCUUCUGGCUAUCAGUCAUCACAAAUACAGCACGCCUCCCCCUGUAGUGGUACCCCAACCAACCUCCCUGUCCAUCGCAAAGAGUAAGAGUGUGAGGAGCAGCACCUCAGAGGAGAGGAGUAGCUGCACAAACAGCAGGAGGGCUGCUCCACCCACAAACCAGAAACCUACAGAUUUGAAAGAGAUGGGAGAGGCUGAGGAGCCUGAAGAAGAGGUGGAGGUCGAAGUUGUCCCUGUUGAGACAGAGAGCUACGUCAACCUGAGGAAGAAGAUGGAGAGCAAGCACACUCAGAAAGUGGAAAACCUUCUGCAAGACAACAGCAAGCUGUGUCGAGAAUUCCAGAGAAAACAGUCUUCCAGGCGUUUUAAGUCCAUGCUGGAGCAGAGGAGGAGCCUCCCGGCUUGGCAAGAAAAAGACAACAUCCUGGAUGAGUUGAACAGCUGUCAGGUUCUGGUGGUCAGUGGGAUGACAGGGUGUGGUAAGACCACUCAGAUUCCUCAGUUCAUCUUGGACGCCUCUUUAUGCGGUCCCGCUGGACAAGUAGCCAACAUCAUCUGCACCCAGCCUCGUCGCAUUUCUGCCAUGUCUGUGGCACAGAGAGUCGCCCAGGAGCGUGCAGAGUGUCUGGGCCACUCUGUGGGCUACCAGAUCCGCCUGGAGAGCGUCAGGACAUCGGCCACCAGGUUGUUGUACUGCACCACUGGCGUGCUGCUCAGAAGACUGGAGGGCGAAGCUGACCUCAGAGGUGUCACACAUGUUAUUGUGGAUGAGGUGCACGAACGAACAGAAGAAAGUGACUUCCUGCUAUUGGUGCUUAAGGACCUAAUUACAAAGAGGGAAGACCUGAAGAUUAUUCUAAUGAGCGCCACUCUCAAUGCCAACCUCUUCUCAGAGUAUUUCUACAACUGUCCCACCAUCCAUAUACCUGGGCGUACCUUCCCUGUUGACCAGUUUUUCCUUGAAGAUGCCAUUGCUAAAACUGGCUAUGUCAUAGAGGAUGGCAGCCCUUAUAUGCGCUCAGGUAAACAAAAUCCGUCUUCCACAAGUGGACGAGGAGGCAAAAGCGAUCUAAGGGACAUGGUGGACGACUUAGGCGACGACGUGUGGAACUUCAUGUCUUUCUGUAAGAAAGAUUUUGUCAAAGACUCGAUCCCAGACCAGCAGCUCAGCUUGCAGGAGCUCACAGUUAGAUACAAAGACACAAAGAAGUCUGUCCUUAAAACUAUUGCUGCGAUGGACCUGGACAAGAUCAACAUGGACCUGGUGGAGAGCCUGCUGGAGUGGAUAGUAGAUGGAAAACACAACUACCCACCAGGUGCUGUGUUGGUGUUUAUGCCAGGCCUCGCUGAGAUUAAAAUGCUCUAUGAGCAGCUGCAGUCCAACAGAAUUUUCAACAACAGACGCACCUCUAGAUGUGUGGUGUACCCUCUCCACUCAACCUUGUCCAAUGAGGAGCAGCAGGCAGUUUUCAGCCGCCCCCCUGAGGGCGUCACGAAGAUCAUCAUCUCCACCAACAUCGCCGAGACCUCGGUGACCAUCGACGAUGUGGUUUACGUCAUUGACUCUGGCAAGAUGAAGGAAAAGAGGUACGAUGCCUCCAAAAGCAUGGAAAGCCUGGAGGACUCAUGGGUGUCUCGGGCCAACGCGCUGCAGAGGAAAGGUCGAGCGGGUCGCGUGGCCUCGGGAGUUUGCUUCCACCUCUUCACCAGCCACUGCUUCCACCACCAGCUGGCUGAGCAGCAGUUGCCUGAGAUCCAGAGAGUGCCUCUAGAACAGCUCUGCCUCCGAAUUAAGAUCCUGGACCUGUUUGCCGAACAGCUGCUGGAGUCGGUCUUCUCUCGCCUCAUCGAGCCCCCGGCUGAGGGGAGUCUGGACGCUGCCAGGCAGCGCCUCCAGGACCUGGGAGCUCUGACUGCAGAUGAAAAGCUGACCCCGCUGGGCUACCACCUGGCCUGCCUGCCUGUCGACGUGCGCAUCGGAAAACUCAUGCUGUUCGGCGCCAUCUUCCGCUGCCUUGACCCAGCACUCACCAUCGCUGCCAGUCUGGCCUUUAAAUCACCCUUUGUGUCUCCGUGGGAUAAGAGAGAGGAAGCCAGUGAGAAAAAACUUGCCUUCACUGUGGCCAACAGUGACCAUCUGGCUUUGCUACAGGCAUACAAGGGUUGGUGCUGUGCUGCAAAGAACGGUAACCAGGCCAGCUUCCUCUACUGUAGGGAGAACUUCCUGUCGUGGCGCAGUUUACAGGAGAUCGCCAGCCUGAAGAGACAGUUUGCAGAGCUGCUGUCUGACAUCGGCUUCAUUAAGGAGGGAUUGAGGGCCAGGGUUAUUGAACGGUUAUCCUCAAAGGGCACAGAUGGUGUUUUGGAGGCUACUGGACCUGAGGCAAACCUUAACUCAGAAAACAUCCGCCUGAUGUCUGCAAUGCUGUGUGCAGCUCUCUAUCCAAACGUGGUCCAGGUACGAGCUCCUCAGGGGAAUUACAAGAUGACCAGCAAAGGAGCAAUGAAGAUGCAACCGAAAGCCAAUGAACUGCGAUUCUUAACCAAGAACGACGGCUACGUCCACGUUCACCCCUCGUCUGUCAACUACACGGUCCGUCACUACGGUAGCCCCUACCUGGUGUACCACGAGAAAGUGAAGACAAGCCGCGUUUUCAUCAGAGACUGCAGCAUGGUGUCGGUUUACCCGCUGGUGCUGUUCGGAGGCGGUCAGGUCAACGUGGAGCUGCAUAAAGGAGAGUUUGUCAUCUCCCUGGAUGACGGUUGGAUCCGGUUCGCUGCAGCUUCGCAUCAGGUGGCUGAACUGGUAAAGGAGCUGCGCUGGGAGCUGGACCAGCUUCUGGAAGACAAAAUCAGGAACCCGAGCAUGGACUUGUGCAGCUGCCCCCGGGGCUCUCGGAUCAUCCGCAUGAUCGUCCACCUUAUAACCACCCAGUAACUCCCCGACUGAACAUCUCAUGAUCCGUUUCCCCCAAGGGCUUCAAUGAGUGGAGCUCCGCCAUGGACUGUACAUAACUCUGUGGUGUCACAAGGUGAUAAUUCUGACAUCUUAUUUCACUAACUAGGAAAGACUCUGAAAAAGGUUUUAAUUUUCUUGUAGGAACAGAGCAGCUGGACCAUUGCAGCCUGUUGCCACAUGGGACAGAUGUAUGAAAUGAUUCUGUUCCAGCAUAAAGGGGCAUGAAAUAAAAAAUCUGCCUUUGAAAAAACCCCAGCUCUAUGCAGAUGAUGAAGUCUUAUAUUUGAUAUCACGUUUUCUGUUUUGAUUCCAAACUGCUACUGCACAUGCCCUAAAGGACGUGCACUCGAUGUCAAAUGAACUUUGAACAUUUCAUUUUGGGUUGUGUGUGUCACAACUGAAGCAUUUUCUUGGGUCCAUAUUGGAUUUGUUUCAUUCUUAAGUGACUGCAUGCAGAUGUGUAUUUAUUUGUAAUGCACGAUUGAGAGAUCCAAGAGCUGUUGCAUGGUGUUCAGACGUUUUCAAUUUGCUGAGUGUAUUAUUCUGUCAAAAUGAUGUCUUUAACAAUGUGAAUGAUGGGGCUUCAGAGUCAGGAGGACGUGGUGGAUAUUGCCAAAGAAAGCUGUUGUCUUGGCGAUUGAUAAAUCCCACCUCACAGUGCCCUGCCAAUAAAUCUGUAAGUGAUAACUGG